AUGGCGAGGAACUCGUCGGUAAACCGCUCGCAGUCUGGCCUCGGCGACGAGGAAACAGCUGUGUACCGACCGACCCGGCUGGCCAUCUGGUCCGAAGAGCUCGGGGCGCGCAAGCGGGCGGGUGCGGAGAUGAGAUCGAAGAAUGAGCUGGACCUCCAAGUCGGACCCAAAUGCCUGGACGACUACCGCCGGCAGCUGGUGAACAUCUCUGGAAGUCUGGCUGGAUCCUGGAGAUACCGGAUCGACCCGGAAUGCACCGGGCGCCAGUCCUUUAUGCAGUUCGUCAUGGCGAUCGAGCGGACGGGAGGGUACUCUGGCAGCGUCAAGCAGCUCUGGGAGGAGAUCUCGGGGGACAAGGACGAGUUCACCUUCCAGGAUUUGGAUCCGGAAGGUUUCGAGAUUCUGCAGGCAUUUGGGGCUUCCCUGCUCAACAGCUACGACACCUUCGGAGACUUCUGGAAGAGCUUGCAGAAGUUCAAGGAUGAGCAGCUGGAUGAGGAGACAUUCAUCGCACGGAGUGUGGACAGCGGCAUCGAGGGCCUGUCAAAGCGGGAGCUGAAGAGGAUAUUCAAGAUGUUCCUGCCAGAGCCCAGCACGGGCCGGACCAAGUUGAUCCAGAGCGACCUCGAGGUCAUCAAGAUCGCGCUGUCCGCAGAGCAAAAGUCUGCUCUCAGGCACAGCACGACCCAGAAGAGCCUCGAGCUUGAAACCCCACGGACCCCGAUGCGGCCGUCGUCGCCGUCGCCUGGCUUGGCCCCGCCAUCGUCGCCGAAGUCGCCCUCGCGGUCCCCGUCGCACUCUCGCGUGAGGUCCUCACCGGAGCUUCCCGUCAUAUCCGUCGAGGAGUUCCGGCGGCUACUGAAGCGCCUCUACGGCAGCGUCCACGCUGGUUGGGUGAAGUACCUGGACGUGACCGAGGCUGGGCGGGUGCCCAAGGGCGAAUUCGUCAACCGCGCGCGGGCGAUCGGAGUCACGGGACAUGUGGCAGAGCUGUUCGCCGCCUUCGAUGUAGACAACAAGGGCUUUAUUACCCUCAAGGACCUUGACCCCCAGGUGUCCAAGGUGAUGAAGAACUUCUUCAGAUGCGUGGAGGACACCUAUGGCUCCAUUGAAGAAGCCUGGCCGAAAGCCUUCGACGUCUCCAAGAGAAGAGUCGUGGGCAAAACGGAGUUUGCCAAGGGCUGCGAGGCGAUUGGCUACGAAGGUGACCCCAUGAAGCUCUUCGCGCUGCUCCAACCCGAGACGGGCCGCACGUUCCUAGAGCUCGCGGACUUGGGUCGUCAUGCAGCGGAGUCGGUCAAGGCCCACGAGGACAAGUAG